AUGCGCCUCUACCUCCUCCCAAUCUCCACCCGGCGCACCCUUCUCUACUGCCAAAAGCUCCAACCCCCAUCUGCCUCAGCGGCCGCCAUUAUCCCCGGCUCCUCCUCGUCUCCGUCUACAUCUACUACAACAAAACAGAAACAAUCAUGGGGCGAUUACAUCCAAACCAAAGCGGCCCUAACCUGGGCGUCCUGGGAGAAGAAGGAAUCCGGCUGGCAAAAGUCCGUCGUCGGUUACGGCAACCACUUGCUUAGGAAGCUGCCGUACGAAGAAUGGGCGCUGAAGAGUGUGCCACCUUUGACGAAGGCGCGGCAACGACAGCUUGAGGCCUUCUUACAGGAACAGGCGCAGGCGCAGGGAAAUUUUGAGAUGGAAUCAGCGGAGAAGGGAGGCAAGAGGGGGAAACUGGAUAUCGGCAAAGUAGAGGUGGUGUACCCAGCUGGACUGAUCACUGCCGAGAGAGUGCCGAGGAUAUUGCACAAGCUUGCGACGGAGAGGGAGGGUCAUCAUAAGAAGUUGUUCUGGUGGUGUGUGGCGGGGAUGCCGGUUACUAUUCCUAUUGGUAUCCUACCUUUAGUCCCAAACCUCCCCUUCUUCUACCUCUGCUACCGCGCCUGGUCCCACCACCGCGCCCUCUCCGGCGGCAAACACCUAUCCUACCUCCUCCAACACCCCUCGCGCCUCCUAUCCUUCCAUCCCUCGCCCAUCCUCGACGAGAUCUACUCCACCCAGCGCUUCCCGCUCCCUUUCACUCCCGAGCCGACCACCGGCCCCGAAGCGGAAACGGUUAGGCACCCGGAUCCGGUAAAGGUUAUCAAGGCGGUUAAUGGAAACAUCAAUACCACGGAAAAGACUGGUGGGGUGAACAUGGGUCAUGUCCUGGAGGAAGGAGAGGUGGAAGAUGGUGAAGUUUUGUUGCUGAGCCAGGAGAAUGGCAAGAGGAUGGUUAAGUUGCUGGAGGUGCCGGAGCUGGAGGUGGAGUUGGAGAGAGCGAUUUGGCAGGUUGAGACGGCGGUGGAGAAGAAGAAUAGGGAGAUUGGGGCGGAGGUUAGGGUGAAUGCGCCGACGGUGGAUGAUACCAAGAAGGAGAAGGAGAAGGCGCACUGA